AUGAAUCAACACAAAUCGAAUCAAUCAAAAAAAAGAGCAUACGUGACUACUGCAUGUCAGAAUUGCAGGAGACGUAGAAUACGAUGCUCAGGGGAGGCAACAUGCUUUGAAUGCGUAAAAGGUCAUGUUAAAUGCGAAUACGCACAGCCAACAAAAAAGAGAGGAAGAAAGCCCAAUAAGCUCAUCCAUCAGUCUUCCUCACUUCGUGAUCAAGCACUUUACGAACAUGAAAGAAUUCUUGAGCUAAAUCAUGCAACUGAAUCGUCGUCUCAAAAUCCGGUUCCAAUUUUUCGAAAUAAUUUUGAGCUUAGUGCAUCGAAUUUUAUUCCAUCUUCCGUUGAAAACAUUCACAAUUACGAAAUUAACGAUUUAUCCACUCAAAUUCUUGACCCACAACCUAACACCCUAAUUCUGGAUAAUUUUGCUAACCAAGCCUUUGACAACUUCCAUUUAUUUCCCCAUUCUUCGUGUUCAACUUUAUUCAAUUCUCUUGAAGAAAUAAAUCUGGAGUUUUCAAAUUCGUCGCCAGAUUUUUUAAGUCCCGGAUUUGACUUUUAUGAAAUUUAA